AUGGUUCCAGAUGAGAGCGAAUGUCUCAAAAAGGAAGAGCAUCGAUUCAAAUCCCCGGACCCAGCGCCAACGCUCGACGAAGAAGUCGAUAUUGCCACGUUGCCAUCGAUGCUGGAAGACGAUCCGAAUGGCAAUGUGGUGGAGUGUGAUCUGGGAUUCAAGGGACCCAGAUGGGGUCCACAACACGCUGGAGCCAAGAAGCUCGCGUCAAUGUAUAGCAAAGAAAAGCGAUUCCAAGAGGAGGUGUCGCUGAUCGUCGCGAUCUUCUGCUUCGCCGCCGUCUUCAUCAGUUUGAUUAUCAAUUGGGAAUCGUCGAUAUGGAAAUCCGUGUUAUUCUACGCAGUUCUCGGCGUAAUGACUGCCGACUUCCUCUCGGGCCUCGUCCAUUGGGGCGCCGACACCUUCGGAAGUGUCGAAACGUGGUUCGGCCGAUCGUUCAUCCGUCCGUUCCGCGAGCAUCACGUCGAUCCGACAGCCAUCACGAGACACGAUUUCGUCGAGGUGAACGGUGAUAAUUUCAUGCUAUGCAUCGUUCCGCUCGUCUGGAUACUGUAUCAACAAGCCACGUAUGAUAGGGAGGAUUUGACGAGAUGGGCAUCGUUCCAUUGGUAUAUUCUGUUGCUCGGAAUCUAUGUCGCAUUGACUAAUCAGAUCCACAAAUGGUCCCACACCUACUUCGGCCUCUCGAAAUGGGUCGUCUUCCUUCAGAAAGCCCAUAUCAUCUUGCCACGAAGUCACCACAAGAUUCACCACAUUUCGCCACACGCCUGCUACUACUGUAUAACCACCGGAUGGCUCAACUGGCCCCUUGAGUAUUUAGGAUUCUGGCGUAAAAUGGAGUGGGCGGUGACAGCGGCGACCGGAAUGCAGCCACGCGAGGACGACCUCAAAUGGGCGACCAAAUUGAACUAG